AUGGCAACUUUUCCGAAGCAUUCUGAUCGUGAACGUUAUAAGCGUCACCGUAAUCCUUCCUACACGCAAGCGUCUAGUGAACACGUUUCCAUAGUUAAUGAAAGAAUACAUGGCGUCAAAUUACGACAUCGCCGUGCUGAAGGUCAAGCAACACUUUCAUUUUAUGAUAAUUUUUCUGGUGAUGAAAAUAAAAAUACAGUAUCAAAAUGGACUAUUGUCCGACAACGUCUGCCAGAUAUUCUGGCUCUUAGUGAGACAUACAAACCGGGAAGUGCUCGAGCUCAACUCAUCUUACUUGUUGCUCUAAUGAAUAAACAAGCAAGUGACCUUGUAGAAGAAUCGAGUCCAUCAAAAAUAAAUGAUCAUAGUAAUGCAAUAUCACAUAUUGUUCCAAGCAAUGUUAUUAUUGAUAUAAGUGGUCGUAGUCGAUUAAUUUGCUUGAAACGUAUACCAUCGCAACAGAUGAUUCAUGUUGAUGUUAAUGGCUUAUCGUUUUCUAUUCCUACACGUCAAUUUAUUUUGGCUGUUAGUCGUGGCUAUGCACACGAAACAGCUGCUAGAUAUUGUCCACCGGCUAUACGCGACAUGUUAAUUGAUUUGUCGAAAACAAAAAUUGUUGAAGAUCGUCAACAAUAUAGACGUGCGCAACUUAAAAAACGUUUCGGUAAAAUAUUAUUUUUUAGUAUAUUUGCAUUCAUUAUUGUAAUGAUGUUGGCACUUAUGUUUUGUGCCGCUGAUACAAUGUUUAAACUAGAUUCAUUUAAUAAAACAUUGACGUAUAUGCCAAUACAACGUAAAGUAUUAAAGCAAAUCGAUGAAAUGUAUUCAAUGAAAACACAAUGA